GCAAAAGAUAAACAGAUGAUCUUUACCUUUUGCCUAGUAUUGUAGCUACAAACUUACACUCCAUGUAAUAAGAUGUCCUCCCGAGCUCUGCGACGGCUCCAUGAGGAGCCCACUGUGAUCAGAGUAGGGGAGCAGUCAGAGGAGGGUGAGGAGGAGAGUGGUCCUCUGUCAACCAGAGGGAGUAAACCACGCAACCUUUUUGCCAUGCUGAAUGAAGAUCACGAGUCCAGUGAUGCUGGUGAUGAGGACGAAAGUGGUACUCCUGUCGCCAGCAGUCAUGUGACACCGGUAACAAAGAAAAAGAAAAAGAAAAAGGGCAAAAAGAAAAACUCCAAACCUAAUCAGUCCCCAGACGAAGACGUUGAUGCUGCUAUACAUGAGGUCAAUCAAAUGCUGGGUCAAGUGAAGGUACUGUCGAGUCCUGCUGUUGCCAUGGCAGCAGUAUACAAGUCCAUCCUCUGUGUGGACAGAAGGUUACUGAAUGCUAAUAGUGAGAUGAGGAGGAUCUUUGGGUCCAGAGUGGUGAGGGGGGAGGAGAGAGCACCGAAAUCCCACAAAAGGACUCACCUCAGAACUACAGCUUUGGCCACUCCUCGAGACACCUGGCCAAAAAUGGACAAGCCAGGGCUCUCAAUGAGAAUGGCCCAAUCAAAGGAUGGGUGUCAGUAUUUUGUGUUUGAGCACUCGAGUGAGUACCAGAAGGUCCAGUUCAAGUUCUGGGAGGCUACAGACACCUUUGACCCCAAUGCAAUUGCUGCUGUACUCCAUGCCCACCCCUACCACAAUGACUCCCUCCUCCAACUCAGUGAGGUCUGCAAGAUGAGCGAGGAUGUACAGAUGGCUGCCGAGCUUGUAGAGCGAGCACUGUACUGCUUCGAGUGUUCCUUCCACACUCUGUUCAACAUCACUCAGGGCAACUGUCGACUCAGCUAUUCCCUCGCUGAAAACAGGCCAUUCUUCAUAGCUCUGUUCCGUCAUCUAAACUAUGUUGGAAGAAGAGGAUGUCAUCGCACAGCUUUGGAGUUCUGCAAGCUAUUACUGAGUUUAGACCCUGACGGAGACCCUCUGUGUGUCCUGCUCAUGAUUGACUACCAUGCCCUCAGGGCAGAGCAGUACACCUUCCUCACCGAUCUCCACACACAGUGGGAGCCAAAUCGUAAUUUGAGUCAGCUUCCAAAUUUCGCAUUCUCCAUACCACUGGCUCAGUUCCACUGCCGGUCACCAUCAUUGGAAUCAGAGACAACUGUAUCGGAAUGUGACCGUGGCCUGCAGGAAGCUCUUAUCAUGUUCCCCAGUUUGCUGAUACCCCUACUGGACAAGUGUGGUGUGACCCUUGACCCCAAUAUUAUGAAACAUUACUUCUUCAGUACUGCUGACAUGGGAAGGGAGCCCAAAAGUCUUCAGGUGUUGCUACAGCUGUAUAUAGAGCGAGGCCACUCCCUCUGGAAGGAGCCGGAGGUCCUCACUUGGCUGGAGGCCAACUCCCGACAGGUUGUGGCUAGGGUGAACUCGGGGGACCCUCUAGUGACACAGUGCACAGACAAGAGAAAGAGGAGGUUUGUGGGUACACCCAGGAAUAUCCACAGACAUGUUGUCAUGUCCGACUUUGAUCGUGUAGCAGCUGCACUGCCCAGGGAUCACGGUGAGUCUGCUAUUCUCUCGUACGACCCUCUCCCCCCGACUGACUCAGUCUCUGCCUACACCAGACCUCCGAGGCGGCUCCUGCCAGCUGGUGCAGAGGAUGAGAACCCGUUCAUGUUGUUCCUACGCUCAAUGUUGCCCACCUUCAACACACAGAUGCCACCCAAUCCACCAGCAGGGGGUAUGGCUGGGCACCGAUUAGUCCCUGAGGCUGCAGUAGAAGAUAUGGGCGGAGCUCAAGGGGGCAUGGAGGGUAACCCAGGGAGACCGCUGGAUCUACAGGCUACCGUCCAAUCAUUGAUCAGAACACUCCAGGAUGUUGUUCAAUACGUACCCCAAGAGCCGGAGGAGGAGGGGGACUGGUCUAGUGACUCAAACUAAUAACUACAGAGUUGUGAUGUGAUUUGUUGUGUUAUCAAUUUCACAUUAAUUUUUUCAUGGCUGCGAUUUAUAAUUUUGACACAUUG